AUGAAAAGCACCACUCUCCUCUCUGUCGCGGCCACAGCAGCCGUGGUGUUGGCUGGUGAUGCGCCAAACAACACCAAGCCCUACGGCACCAACCCGGUUGCCGGCAACUGGUAUGCCAUCUUUGGCGACAACCUGUGGUGCGAUACUGGCGUGACGGACCCUGACCAGGAUACCUCGGGGUUCCAUGGCAUGGUGCGUGACGUCGGUGGCCUUGACCACCGACAACCCUCUCAUGGUCCAGUACACGCAGUUGAACGACGAUACUCCUGUAAAGCAUUCCAACCAGGUAUCCCCCCCCCCCCCCCCCUCAUAUUCGUAGUAGUAUAUUUCCAACCGAUAAGAACGCAAGUUCGUCCCGUUCAACGCCGACUGGGGCGAGACCGUCGAGACCGGGUUCGGCGGCACCAGCCUGUGCGCGGUCGACGACGACAACAGCCUGCUGUUCUACCUGGUCAACCAAACGACGACGGGCUGGUCGGCGCAGGCAUCGCGCAAGUGCAGCUGCAAAACGGCGGCGGGGGCCCGACAGUGGUUCAGCGAUUCGGCGAUUCUGGGUAUUGGUGGGAGGUGGAGCACAAUCCUCGAUAUGGCGACGUCGCGGCGUACCGCGACGACAACGACGCGUACAUCUAUGGCUGGGGAGGAGCGCCCACCGUCGUCACGGACUCGAUCGACUCGCAGUACCUGUAUCAGCUCCGCGUGGCGACGUCUGGCGCCUGGGACCAGGUGCAGUACGAGUACUGGUGGGGACGUGAGCAGGGCUGGCAGGUCAACAAUCCGCUGAGCAAUUUCACGGCGGAGACGGCGGUCAUGUGGGGAGUUGGCCAGGGCAGCACCUACUGGAGUCCCAAGUACCAGUGCUACUUUUACGUGCACUUUGCGGGCGCUGACGUGGCUAUUCGCACGGCUCCGAAGCCCGAGGGCCCCUGGUCGGCCGACGUCGCCGUGUACACGCCCACCCCGAUUGAUGGCGGCUUCACCUAUGCGCCAGGCGUGCACCCCUACCUGGACGCCUCGGGCGACACGCUGACUAUUUCGUACACGAACAAUAACCACAUCGAGGUGAUCAAGGUGACCUUCUCCUAG